AUGUCAUAUCCAGUUGAUAUUGAAGAUCAACAUCAUCAAGAUGAAGAUCCAGUUAUUUUAAAUAUUGGUGGUGUUAAAUAUGAAGUUAUGCCAUCAACUUUAGCUCAAUAUCCAGAUACCCUUUUAGGAAAUAUUUUCAAUCCAAAUAACAAACAUUUAAGAAAAACAGAUAAAAAAGGUGAAUACUUUUUCGAUCGUAAUGGUAGAUUAUUCGAAUUUAUCUUAAACUAUUAUAGAACUGGAAAACUUGUAAUUCCACCAGAUUUCCCAAAAGAAAUUAUUCUUGACGAAAUUAGAUAUUUUAAAAUCGAUUAUAAACCAGAUGGUGUUACAAAUGAAGAAGAUGAAGACGAAAAAAUUUUAAGACAACCAAAGGAUCAAAUUUACCAAUAUGCCUCAUCAUUAAUUCACAGCUCAUCAAGAAAAGAUAUUAAAAGAGGAUUAAAAUUCUUAACUAAACUAAGAGAGGCUGAGCCAAAUAGUUAUUUAUAUAGAUACUCAUAUUCAUUCGCUUGCUAUAGAUUGGGUGAAAAUGCCAAGGGUAUUCAAUCAUUAGAAGAUAUUUUAACCACAGAUCAACAUAAUCCACAAGCCAAAUCAUUAUUAACCCUUUUUAAUGAUGUUAGAUUAAACAACACUCGUAAUGGUAUUAUUGCACUUUGUUUAGCUGGUAUUGGUAUCUAUGGUUUUAUUAAAAUUAGAAAAUGGUAUAAUAUUGCUAAAUUGGUCGAAUUUGGUAAAGCAUUACCAGAAACUUUAUCAAAAGCCGCUAGCAAUGCAGGCCCAAUUGGUUCUGUUUCAACUAUAAUUUCAACUGAAACUAUCCCAUCAUCUGCCUCAUCUGCAAUUGGUACCGUUUCAUCAUCAAUUCCAUCAAGUAUUGCCAAACCAACUUCACUCCAUACAAUUUAUGAAGGUGCUAAAGUUGCUGCUGAUGCCACUGUAAAAUCACUUAACCAAUCAAAUAUCCAAGCUAUUCCAGCUGACCAAUUCAAUAAUGUUAUGUCAAAUAAUGUUUUUAAAAAAUAA